AAGAUUGCGACAGGUGCUGAUGUCGCCUUCCAGCCUCAGGGGCGCUGCAUGCAGCUUGGUUCUGUUCCAUGCCGUGACACCUCUGUUGACAAGCUACCUCCUGGUACCCGCUGCGGCGCUGCCACCAGUCACAGGGAAAGAGCAUUGCAAGCAGAUGCCAGCAACGCCAAUCUGGAAUUCUAGGAUCGUAGAAACGAAGGGACAUGCGGGGCAAGCCGUCGCUUUCAAGAAUUUUCUGGAGUCCCUUUCCCUGCACCAAUCUGGUCUUUCAACACCCGAACACUGGGGAAGGGUGUGAAGUAUUCUGAAUGUGAAGCUUCCUCUCAGCAAUUUUGAGCUUCAGCCUUCUCUAUCCGUUGUCUCCAGCAAAUUUCCUGCAGUGUAGCUUCCGUAAUCGGUCCUCAACCAAGCCGGGCGCAGAGAAAUGACGACCUCAGAGGAGUUUAUAUUUAGGAGUGCGCUCCCGGACGCGGACAUUCCAAAUGUUUCGCUGCCAGAGUAUAUAAACACCUGCAUUGCGCGGCAUGCUGACCUCGACGCGGCCGCUUAUAUCGACGGCCCUACUGGCAGGACGUACACCUAUAAGCAACUCACGGAGUUGGUAAGGAGGGUUGCUGCAGGCCUAACUGAGCGAGGUAUUGUACAGCGGGACGUGGUCAUGAUUUUGGCACCCAAUUUGCCGGAGUAUGCAAUCGCCUUCUUGGGCAUUGCCUCCAUUGGCGCCGUCAUCACCACCUGCAACCCUAUGUACGGUGCGAUGGAGAUCGGCAAGCAACUGGACGACUCCAAAGCCAAACUGAUCUUCACAAUCGAGGCGCUGCUUCCCACGCUUGAGAAAGCCGGCGUUACCCUCCCGGUGGUGUGCUUUGGUUCCGCUCCGGGGGGCACAAUUCCCUUUGAAGAGCUGAUAAAAGCAGACCCCUGGAAAGCGCCGACGGUGUUCAUCCAUCCUGAGGACACGCUCGCGCUGCCGUACAGUUCUGGGACCACAGGUGUGGCCAAAGGGGUCGAGCUGACCCACCGCAACCUCGUCGCAAACCUCGUCCAAUCCGUGGGCGGCCCUGUCCCGGUGAUGCAUUUCCAACCGCAUGACGUCACCCUCGGGCUGCUGCCCUUCUUCCACAUCUACGGCAUGACGACCCUCAUCCUGUCCCCGCUCGUCAAAUGCAUACCGCUCGUCGUGAUGCCCAAAUUCGACCUGGUCGAAAUGCUCGAGCUCAUCCAAAAGUACAAGAUCUCGUUCGCGAACCUGGUUCCGCCGGUGAUCCUCGCGCUCGCGAAGCACCCCGUGAUCGACAAGUACGACCUGUCGUCGAUGCGCGGGAUCAUGUCGGGCGCAGCGCCGCUCGGGAAGGAGCUGCAGCAGGCGGCCGCGAAACGGCUCAACGUCACUGUCGCUCAGGGUUACGGCAUGACCGAGAGCAGCCCCAUCACUCUCGUAACCCGAAACGUGUCUGCGCGGCCCAUGGAGUGCACGCCGGGAUCGGCAGGAAGCGUUGUAAUCAAUACGGAGGCAAAGAUCCGGGAUCCGGAGACGGGCAAGUCUCUACCGCCCAAUCAAAGGGGCGAGCUGUGUAUCCGGGGGCCGCAAGUGAUGAAAGGUUAUCUCAACAAGCCUGAAGAGACCGCUGCCACAAUCGAUAAGGACGGCUGGCUCCUGACGGGCGAUAUCGCGUUCAUCAACGAGCGCGGCGAAAUAUUUGUCGUCGACCGCGUCAAGGAGCUCAUCAAAUACAAAGGAUUCCAGGUUCCUCCGGCCGAGUUGGAGGCUCUCUUAGUGGACCACCCCGCUAUUGUCGACGCGGCGGUGAUUGGGAUCCCGGACGAGGAGGCGGGCGAGCUGCCAAUGGGCUUCAUCCAGGUGGCAGAAGGGAAGACGAUCACGGAGGAUGACGUCAAGGAGUACGUCGCAAAGCUGGUUGUCCACUAUAAGAAGCUGCGCGCCGUCGAGUUCGUGGAGAAGGUUCCAAAAACGGCGUCCGGUAAGAUUCUGAGGAAGGAGUUGAGAGCCAUGGUUGCAGCGAGAUCGGGGAAGAGCAAGUUGUGACCGAAGCGUUGGAGUUUUGCUCGCCCACUGAGGGCUCUAGACCAGCGGCUGGGUCUUAGCGGGGAAUUAGGCAAAAGAUUUUGUCCAUGCACGAGAUCCUAGACAUAGUCCACUUACAGGUGUAGACAAACCGCUUGCAUAGGGCACGCAGCCUGCACACGGAUUCCCAACGAGUCGGGUUGAGUGGGUUUGAUAAAUCGAGGUCCACAUGAGGCCCAAAUGUUGCGGUACCAUACAAUGCUUUUGUAGGGCGGAGAUGCAGUCAGUAAGACACAGCCGUAUAGUAUGUGAGCUUCAGUCAGUCAAAUAGACAAUGGACGAUGGUUACAAAGUUUUCUGCAAAAGAGAAUCACAGCAUCUAGUCUUCAAGAACCAGGCGUGCAUUCACAGAUUUGUUGCGUUUUAUGCUCGCAUCUCCAUA